UCCCAGCCCCGCCGUCCCGCUCCCGCCGCCGGCCCGCCCGCCCUUCGCUCUCCGGGGAGCCCGGGGCAUGAACGGCUACGGCUCCCCGUACCUGUACGUGGGCGGCCCGGUGUCGCAGCCGCCGCGGGCGCCCCUGCAGCGCACCCCCAAGUGCGCGCGCUGCCGCAACCACGGCGUGCUGUCCUGGCUCAAGGGCCACAAGCGCUACUGCCGCUUCAAGGACUGCACGUGCGAGAAGUGCAUCCUCAUCAUCGAGCGGCAGCGCGUCAUGGCGGCGCAGGUGGCCCUCCGCCGGCAGCAGGCCAACGAGAGCCUCGAGAGCCUCAUCCCCGACUCGCUGCGCGCCCUGCCGGGACCCCCGCCGCCCGGGGACGCCGCCGCCGCCCCGCAGCCGCCGCCGCCGAGCCCGCAGCCGGCCCCGCCGCCGCGCCCCGCCGCCGAGCUGGCCGCCGCCGCCGCGCUGCGCUGGGCCGCCGAGCCCCGGCCCGGGCCGCUGCAGCCGCCGCUCGCCAAGCCCGACCUGGCUGAGGAGCGCCUCGGGGACAGCAGCCUGGCAGAGGGCGCGGAGACCUUCAGCGACAAGGACACGGACCCGAGGAGCUCCCCGGACGUGGCCAACAGCAAAGGCGGCUGCUUCGCGCCCGAGAGCCCCGAGGUGGUGUCGGUGGACGAAGGUGGGUACCCCGCCGCCGCCGCCGGUGGCCAGAAACACGGGGGCGCCUCGGGCGGCCGCCCCGACAGCCCCAAGUGCCCCGGGGAGCAGCAGAGCCACCUGCUCAUCGAGGGCCCCUCGGGCACCGUCUCGCUGCCCUUCAGCCUGAAGGCCAACAGGCCCCCGCUGGACGUGCUGAAGAAGAUAUUCCCGCAGCAGAAGCCGGCGGUGCUGGAGCUCAUCCUGAGGGGCUGCGGGGGGGACCUGGUGGGCGCCGUGGAGGUGCUGCUGUCCAGCCGGUCCCCGGGGCCGGCCGCCUCUGAGCCCGAGGGCCUCGUGCUGCCCGCCAACGGGCACCUCUUCGAGCACACGCUGGGCUCCUACCCGCUCUCCUCCUCCAAGUGGUCCGUGGGCUCGGCCUUCCGCGUCCCGGACACGCUGAGGUUCUCGGCGGACUCCGGCGGCGGCGGCGGCGUGGUGCCCGGCCCCCUGGCCGUGCCCCUGCAGCACCCGUUCCCCCAGCCGCCCCGCUACCCGCUGGUGCUGAGGAACGGCCUGGCCCGGAGCCAGGCCAGCCCCUUCCUGCCCAACGACGUGGCGCUGUGGAACACCAUGACGCUGCAGCAGCAGUACCAGCUGCGGUCCCAGUACGUCAGCCCCUUCCCGGGGGGCAGCAGCUCGGCCGCCGGCGUCUUCAGGAGCUCCCCCGUCCUGCCCGCGCGGGCCCCCGAGGACCCCCGGAUCUCCAUCCCCCCCGAGGAGGGGUGCCCCAUGGUGUCCAAGCAGCCCCUCUACGCCGAGGACGACUACGACGAGCGGUCCGACUCCUCGGACUCCAGGAUACUCAACACGUCCUCGUAAAGGGGCGCCGGGAGGACGGACGGGGCCAGGUGGCUCGUUCUGGGCAUCUGAACCCUUGGGGACGGACGGAGGGAAGGGGGGAAAGACUGAGGAGAAGCCACACCUUGUGUAUUCCUUUUCCUUCUGUUGGACAGGGUGACUGUGCUUGGUUCUGUUGGCAAUAAAAAACAAACAAACACGUAACUUAUUUAAUUUCUUGCACUUCACUGGGAAAUGCCAAAUAGCUCUGCUCUGUGGCUUUCGUGCUGACAUGCUUAUUGUGCCAGAGCAUCUCAGGCUUAAGCAUCGUCUUGGGAAAACUGGGACCACGGAUGAUU